CCAUCAAAGCUUAUACUUUUUAUAGUUUAAUGAAUUUGAAAUAUUAAAAGUUAACAGCUCGAGAAUGUCGUACAAAUUGGUACAGAGAGAGUAUUAAUUAGUACUUCUGACGAAAACUUUGUUAUAUGGUGUAUAUUUUUUAUUCCACAAGGAAGGGAAAUUACUUAAUGUUUUUGUUCAAGCAUGAAUUUUUUUAUAGUUUGACUAAUAUCUUUCAAUGCAUUCAUGGACAGAAAAAGUUAGUUCUUGUUAAAUCUAAAAGUAUGUUUUUUGUGACUUCAGUGAAAGCUUUGAAUGAAAUUAGGGCAUCUCUUGGAUGGAGAGUAGUGUAUGCAUGGGUUGGUGAUGAUCCUUGUGGAGAUGGGCAGUUUAUGCCGUUUCUAUUGUCGGCCCAUUGUAACUAAUCUAUUGGAUCUUACUCGGCUGGAUCUGCAUAACAACAAGAUGACUGGUCCACUUCCUCCUCAAAUUGGCUGUUUGAAGCGGCUGAAAAUAUUAAAUAUAAGGUGGAAUAAGCUGCAAGAUGUCAUUCCUCCUGAAAUUGGUGAACUAAAGCAGCUAACACAUCUCUACCUGAGUUUUAAUAAUAUUAAAGGCGAAGUCCCCAAGGAGCUUGCUAGUCUCCCAGAGCUGCGUUAUCUCUAUCUGCAUGAAAAUCAUUUUGCUGGACGAAUUCCACCUGAGUUGGGCACCUUGCAGUAUCUUCGGCACCUUUACUUAAAUAAUAAUUAUUUUAGUGGCAUUCCAGCACAGCUUGCAAAUUUGACGAACUUGGAGAUCUUAUACCUAUCCUACAACAAGAUGACUGGAGUUAUACCGGCUAGCAUUGCUCAUAUUCCCAAGAUCUUUCUUGAAUUCAUUCUAAAGGAGAUGAAGAUUUUUUAGUGUAAGAACGCUUUGGCAUACUUAUUAUUUUUUGAUAAGGAGCUAGCUGGCCGACCUUAUGUGUCUGAAAAGUUACAUCCCCUCUAUCCCCUAAAACCCUCUUAAUAUAUGAAGACUUAAAUCUCUUUCCAUCCCCAAAACUACAAGUUACCUUUUGGACAACCGGACAGUCCUACGAAAUGUGAACGAUCUGUAUUUUAGCUUAACCCAAAUAUAUUUGGGAAAUAAGCUCGACAUUUAUAGUACUUGUUUCUUUCUAACUGAUGGUGGUAGGCCUGCCAUGAAAUGGGCUCGUGUUGUUAGUCUAUGAACAGAUAUUCCUUCUAGUACUUAAAAGCUCACUAUGUAGAAGUCCAUACUUAACUAGACCAAAUCAAAGUUACUAAAUUUUGCUCCUUCUCCAUUUGAAGUGGUUAUAGAUCAUCUCUUUAUUUUUCAUAACUGUAUAAUAGAUCUUUUCCUUGCAAACAUCUUUCAGCAUACAUGUGGUUUUGAUUCUUGAAUCGCUGUAUCUGUUUUCAGGUAUCUUGAUCACAAUCAGUUUUCUGGGAGGAUCCCUGAUACCUUCUACAAACACCCUUCUUGAAAGAAAUGUACAUUGAAGGAAAUGCGUUUCGGCCUGGUGUAAAUCCAAUUGGCUUGCACAAAGUUCUUGAACUUUCAGAUUCAGACUUUCUGUUUUAGAGCGCUAUACCAAUUAUUUAGUCAUGAUCAGCCUAGAGUAAUUACCUCAUUGAAAGAAACAUAGCAAUCCUUUUGUCCCUAUUCUUUAGUUGCCAGCUGAGUGUAGGUUAUAUUUUUCUGUGCAAAUAAGCAUAGUCCAAACUUGUGGUUGGUUUAGCUUAUAGUGCCACCUGCAAUCAGCUUUCUUUCUCGCUUAUUUAGUUAUUAGGGUUGGUCUCAAUUUCGCACGGGUCUCUCGUUUCAUUGACCUACUCGCAAUGUCACGCUGAUAGGACUGAACAUAUUGCAGAACGGACCUUAAGUUUUGUGCUCCCUAGCAACAGGAAGCACAAAAACUUCCUGUUGACUUGUAUUUAUGAAUCACAUUAUGUAAUGCAUUAUGUAAUCUUUCUUUGACUUGUAUUUAUGAAUCACAUUAUGUAAUGCAAUGUGACAGGAAUUUGCUUUUUUCA